UUUGUAGAUAGUUCCUUAAAAUGAGCACACAAAAAAACCUUUGUAGCGAUUCGGGGUGCAGUAACUGCAUUCACAAUCUUUCAUCAUUCCCCUACUCCAUAAUCACCAGAAAGGCCACAAAAACAGAGUAUUUAGCCUCAAAGUAAAUGUUUUGUAAAUUUGACACAACACAGAAAAGAGUGUUCUUAACAACACUGCCAAUUAGGAAUGAUUGAAAUAAAUCGUCACGUAGCCCAUAUAAAACGAGGCAUGUUUGAGCCAUAAAAAUAUAUCAAUUAAAGCCUCUGGUGGCUGGAAUAUAUCCCACCAGGUCAACACAGUGACAACGAGGCGCUGUCGAGUUGCAGUCAACAUGCUGGCUGUGAGGUUUUUUUUUUUUAUAUAAAUGCAUAUUUUGAAACUAAAGCAUUACAUUUAGCUUUGAAAGGCUAUAUUUUGCCUAUAAACGGAAACAUUUUUACUCCAACGGGCUAUUUUUUGCCUGUAAACGCAAUAUUUGUCCCAUUAAAUAUGAUAUUGGCUCACAAAAGGCCGCAUUAGAUGAUCCAAUCCACGCACGGCACACACAGCUGGUGACCUGCAUGCCUGAGGGCUGGGGAAGUACUUUGCAGACGUUUCUGUUUCCCGUCUGCUGCUGCGGAGAACCCAAACAGCAGCAGCUCGUCCAUAACCUCACUGAGGGGGACCAAGAGGGGGAGGAAGAAGGGAGGAGGGAAGAAAAAGAAGGGAGGAAGAGAGGAGCAAGAGGUGCUCAAGAAGAGUGAAAGUGCUCAAGCUGAAGUGCUAGAAAGACCUUCCGUGUGCUUUAUGACCUCGAGUCACAAGCGUCGUUCACGAUGACCGCCCCCGGGAACAAACAGACGAGAGAGAGGCAGUGACCAAGUAAACAUCCAAUGAAAGAGCACAUCCUGUCGCUGCUAUUGACUGUAUGGAUUAUUUUGGACGGUUGAGUGGCAGCUGCUGUCUUGUUCAACAUGCCCUUUGCGUUUCGCACGCAUGGCGUGCUGAUGUUGUAGGAGGAAAUUCGUCGUCAUGAAGCCCACUGACGAGGGUGGUAGGAAACACAUACACAAAACUGCGCAAGAGGAAGUCAUUUGGGCCGCUUCCGGUGUCCUGCUAUGAGAUUUUGUUUUUGUUUUUGUCCCAUCCCCAACAAAUUUGAACCACGUAUACUAAACAGAUCUUUUUUUCUUAUCUUUUACCUGGUUAAAUAAAGGUUACAUUUACAAAACAAUAUUCAAAAAAAUGCAAAAUUGCAAAUAAUCUGUGUUUUGGUAAUUGCGUGUGGGUAGAGUAUGGUGGCAAUGUUUGACAACUUGCCACAAAACAAAACUUUAUCAGCUUUUUUUUUUUUCUUUGAGUUUUUAAAUUGACCCACUGAGAAGUAGAACGGGCUAACUCCAUUUCUGUCAUUUUGCAGUAGAGUGAUCAUUUAAAGUUUUAUGGCUGUUGCUAAACAUUUAGGAAUUGCUGGUGUGUUUUGGAUCAUUGUCCUGCUACAGAACUCAAGUUCGUUUCAGCUUCUCCUUCAGGAUUUUUUUGGUAGACAGCAGAAUUCAUGGUUUCAUUUUUCACAGCAAGUCUUCCAGGUCCUGAAGUAGAAAAACAGCCCCUGACCAUCACACUACCACCACCAUAUUCCAUGUUUUUUUUUCUUUCUGAAAUGCGGUGUUACUUUUCCGCCAGAUGCCCAAAAAUGCUUUGAAGCCGCCAUUUUAAGAUCAUUUCGAGGUGUCAUACAAGAAGGAACUUUGCCCUGCCUGAUUUAAAUCGAUUGCUACCAAUGUCGUGUGGUUGUUUGUAUGUAUGUAUGUGUGCGCGCGUGUGUGUGUGUGUGUGUGUGUGUGUGCGCGCGUAUUCGCUUGCAGGUGUCGUUGAGUUGCUGUCCGUGUUUGUGGAGGACGUCAGCGAGGCCGCCAGCAGAAACGUGAUUGGUGCUCAUCUUCUUCAAGAAUUCCUGAGCGCUCCAUGGCUGUGUGCCCUGCUGCAGAUUUAUGAGUGCCUGUUGACUUUCAAGAGACUCUGGCCCUGCCCCGUCCUGCCUCACGCCUCGGGACUCUCACGCGAGAAAAGUUGUAACAGCAGUUGGUCAAGCUGCCCCACCCUUCACACAGGUUAAUAUUAACCAUGGGUUGUGUUCCGUGCUGUUGUUGAGGUCCAGGGCGUGCUGCACAUGGUCCAGACUCCUUCCGUGGAGGCCACAGAGCUUCAGAUCCUCCUCAGCUCUCCACAUAUGAAGGCCCUGUUGUCCUGUCACGACGCCGUCGCUCAGGCGGACUUUGGACCUGUCAUGGCACCGCUACCCGACGUGCUGCCCGAAGAUGAGGAGGCCGUCAGGAUCGUUCGUUUGGUGAAGAAGGAACAAACUCUGGGGGCCACCAUAAGGAAGGACAAGGAGACAGGAGAGAUCUUUAUCGCCAGGGUGAUUCCUGGAGGACUUGCGGACCGCAGCGGUCUUCUCCAUCCCGGAGAUCUUCUGGUGGAGGUGGACGGGAAGCCACUAGUGGGCUUGGAACCCGAACAGGUCAUCCAGAUUCUGAUGAGGUCUGAGGGCACCAUCCUGUUCAAGGUUGUUCCAAACGGAUCCCAACUGAGCAGCACCAACAAACCAGUCUACAUGAGGGCAAUGGUGGACUAUUGCCCCCUGCAGGACUUGGCCAUACCCUGCCCUGAUGUGGGGCUGGUCUUCAGUAAGGGGGAUGUGCUGGAGGUCUUGGACCAAUCAGAUGGGCGCUGGUGGAAGGCCAGGAAAAUGAGCAGCUCGGCCUCCUGCACUGGAUUGAUUCCAUCCCCUGCCACGUUGAAGAGUAAGCAGAAUGAGCCAAGGGAGGGUAAGGAGCGUACGGAUAACAUCAAGGACGACGAGUGUGGCAGUGGCGGAGGCGGCAGAGCACAGGAGGAACCUCAAGACAAAGUCACUUCAGAGGCAGAAUUAUCAGAUAUUCCUGAUGGUCUCUACCUCACUAGUUUCCGUCGUAGUUUCUGUCUGUUGAGGAGGUCGAUGUCCAAGAGGCGGCGUCAGUCCUGCACCAGCAUCAGCGCCUCCUGCAGCACGUUGGCCACGCCCUACGAGGAAGUGGUGCACUACCGACGACCCCCGCAGGACCGCCACCGCCUCGUCAUCCUUGUAGGCGCAUCAGGCGUGGGGGUCAACGAGCUGAGACAGACCCUCAUCCAAGUCAAGCCAGACACCUUCCACGGACCUGUACCACACACUACCCGACCAAUCAGAGCAUGGGAGCAGACAGGCAGGGAGUAUCACUUUGUCACCAAAGAGCUCUUUGACUACAUGCUGUGCAGUCACAGGUUUGUGGAAUAUGGCGAGUUUGAGGGCCACAAGUACGGGACCAGCAUUGAUGCCAUCAAUGAGGCCAUCAAACUGGGACGUGUGUGCAUCAUUGACAUCGAACCACAGAAUAUUCCUCCUCUGAGGACCAGGAAGUAUAAGCCGUACGUGAUCUUCAUCAAAGCUCCCAGCUUGGAAAAACUCGCUCAAACUACAGAGAACGCCAGCAUCGUUUGCACUUACCAACACAACAGAAACUUCACCAAGGAGGACAUUAAUGAUCUGAUGGAGACAUCUCGGCAGAUGGAGCUGAAGUACAAACAUUUGUUUGACGAAGUGCUAGUCAACGAGCAGCUAAACGACACUUGUGCUAAGCUAUACGUCGCCGUCCAGCGGGCGCAGGAGGGCGCUAACUGGAUACCUGUCAGCUGGACCCGAACCCAGGACUAGUUGGUCGCUAAACAUGAACUAGCCCAGGGGUCUGCAACCUGGGGCUCCAGAGCCACGUGUGGCUCUUUCAUCCUUCUGCUGUGGCUGUCUGUUUCCUAAAAAUAAAGAAUGUGUAUUUAA